CAAAAUGGAUAAUAUCUUCCUGUGGAGUCUCUUAUUGAUUGUUUUUGGACGUCAAGCUUCAAGACUCAUGGCUCAAAAAAAUAUAGAAUUUGCAGUGGAUCUUUAUCAAGCAGUUUCCUUAUCUCAUAAGAACAACAUUGUAUUUUCCCCCCUUGGAACAACUUUGGUUCUUGGAAUGGUACAAUUGGGAGCAAAUGGAAAAGCACAACAACAGAUAAGACACACUUUGAAACUGCAGGAAACCUCAACUGGAGAAGAAUUUUCUGUACUGAAGUCAUUUUUCUCUGCCAUCUCAAAGAAAAAACAAGAAUUUACAUUUAAUCUUGCCAGUGCCCUCUACCUUCAAGAAGGAUUCGUUGUGAAAGAACAGUAUCUCUAUGGCAACAAGGAAUUUUUUCAGACCACUAUAAAACUGGUGGAUUUUCAAGAUGCAAAGGCUUGUGCAGAGACAAUAAGUACCUGGGUAGAAAGCAAAACAGACGGAAAAAUUAAAGACAUGUUUUCAGGCGAAGAAUUUGGCCCUCUGACUCGGCUUGUCCUGGUGAACGCUAUUUAUUUCAAGGGGGAUUGGAAACAGAAAUUCAGGAAAGAGGACACACAGCUGAUGAAUUUUACUAAGAAAGAUGGCUCAUUAGUCAAAAUUCCAAUGAUGAAGGCUCUUCUAAGAACAAAAUAUGGAUAUUUUUCUGAACCUUUCAUGAACUACCAGGUUUUGGACUUGCCUUAUAAAGAUGAUGAAUUUAGUUUAAUCAUGAUACUUCCUGCAAAAGAUAUGAACAUAGAGGAAGUGGAAAAACGAAUUACUGCUCACCACAUCCUGAAAUGGUUCUCUGAGAUGCAAGAAGAGGAAGUGGAAAUAAGCCUCCCUAGAUUUAAAGUGGAACAAAAAAUAGACUUCAAAGAAGCUUUGUAUUCUUUGAACAUAACUGAGAUAUUUAGUGGUGGCUGUGACCUUUCUGGACUAACAGAUUCAUCUGAAGUAUAUGUUUCCCAAGUCAUGCAAAAAGUUUUCUUUGAGAUAAACGAAGAUGGCAGUGAAGCUGCAGCAUCAACUGGCAUAGACAUCCCUGUGAUUAUGAGUCUGGCUCGAAACCAGUUUGUAGCAAAUCAUCCAUUUCUGUUCAUUAUGAAGAAUAACCCAACAGAAUCAAUUUUGUUUAUGGGAAGAGUGACAAAUCCUGAAACCCAAAAGAUGAAGAGAAGAGAUUUAGAUUCACUGUGAAUAAAAAGCACAGACUCAGAAUAUAAGACAAUUCAUGGAAAAUAGUUGAUUGGCAAAAUAUCAUCAUUUU